AAUUUUGAUAAUUUUAUUUUACAAUGUUCAAAAAAGAGUACUUAAGCUAUCACUGAGCCUAUUCAACUACUCCAGUUAUUAUUUAAACGUUGGUGAUCGUAUAUUGGCGAGUUUCCUCUUCUUCCUUUCUGUAGACACCAUGAAUUACCGGUACCAAACAAUGUUUUUACUUUUCGUUCUAUUCGCGUUAAAAGAAAUUCUUUCAACGCAAACCACCCUACUUUCCAAUAAACACGAUAUCAGUUCAUCAUUGCCUAAUUGGAUCGCCACAAUAUUCCAAAAAGCAGACGCCAAAGAUAUCAACGAUGCACUGGUUAAUGCAUUCGCUUCAGCCGAAUACCACCGAGUUCGACUCCUUGAAUACAAUAUCACUCGCGAGUUGGAGCCUUUCCAGUCAAAAAUCAUCUUUUACGACGUCAACUUUUACACUCACGCAAUAGAUGCGAGAAAAACCUAUCCAUACACGCUAAAAACCUGGAAAUUAUCCGACAAUAAAAUCUGUUUAACAACAGAAAAAAUGAGAAUCACUUUAGAGGGAGAAGUUCGUCCGAAAAAGGACCAAUUUUACGCCUUUUUCUUCACCACGUUGCAUUUCAAGAACUUCGUAUUGGAAGCGAUUCCAGCAUCUAACGAUCCUUACAAUGUAAAAUUCUCGUUCAACGUUUCAUACGACAGAUAUUACGUUCGACAUCACGAAACAUUCGAAGAAAUAAAUUGGCCUAAAAGGUAUCUAACCUACACCCAGAGAAACGAAUUAACCACCACAAUCACACCCAUACUACCUCAACUGCUACGCGAACACAUCGACCGUAAUCCAAAAUUUUCCGAAACCAUCGACCAAAUAGUCAAAAUCGUCGACCAACCUUCCGAAAACAUCUCAGCGUACCCGAAUUUGCAAUCCUAUCGAAACCAAUAUUACUAUCAGUAUCAAAUACCGAAAAUUCCCUUCUUCAGUUUCUGUUUGAAGAAUCUCGUCAUCGAAGGGUUACUGAAUCUCGAAUCGUUAAAAGUGGAUACUGAUGCGGAAUCUUCCAUCUUUACCCAUACAUUGCUGAUGAAAAAUAUUCGCGGAAAUAUGAUCUUGGAUUACGGGUCUAAGAAACAGAAACCGUUGGAAUUGAAUUACGUCAUCGAUUACCUAUCGAUUUCCAUCAAAAAGGACUCUGGUUUGGUGCACGUGACAGCGAGAAGUUACAGCGUGAAUAGAACAGCAACCAGUUCCCCUUUGAGUUAUCGUCAAUCGGCGAAUAUAAUUCAGAAAAUCGAGUGCGCUGCGGCUGAUGUGUUGGUGCCAUCGAAACUAGCUUGGAAAACGUGCGAUAUCGAAUCUGAUAUUGGCGAAAUUGAAAUUACAAACGAUUCUGACUGGAAAUCGAUUGAGAGAAAAUACAGCGACUGGAUUCCAUUUAAUAAAGCUUAUUAGAUUCGAUAUUAUGAUCGGAUUCGGUGCUAAAGCUUUUCUACGCCGUACGAGUGAGUGGAUGGUUUAUGUCGAGUCGUUGAAAUGAGUUUAUUUAAAAUUCAAACGAUUUCGUUUUAGUUUAAUUUUCUUACGAGUAUGUUAAGUAUUUUUAGAUAGAAAGUAGGUAGGUAUACUUAAUAAGUACCUAAUGAUGCGUAAUCCUUCGUAAAAUAAUAUAAUAUGAAACUCAGCGUUUUAAUUUCUACACUAAUGUAUUUUGUACCCCUCUCUCUCUCUCUCCCUCCUACAAUCCAUUCCUCCAUCUCACGUAAUAAAAAACUGUAAACAUGUAUCAAAGAACUAAGAAAAUUAUCAUUUGUUUCCCUCCUCGUCCCUUUCGAAGCUGAGUAAGAGGGCUUUAUUUAUUUUUGCUGAAUGUACAUAUAUUUAUCCACUGAAAAUUAUGUAAGUAAAUUAGUCCUGAUCAAAUAAAUAUCAA